AGAGGCUGGCGCUCCCCGGCCCCGAGCAGGGGGCGGUCACAGGGAGGCUGCGAGGGGCUGGAGCUGGUGCCGGCUGCUCUCUGGACUGCAGAGGGUGCGGGAUCCCCUCUCCGCGUUGCCUGCCCAGCCUCAGCUGGCUCGGAGGCGGCAGCCAAGCAGCGCGGUCCUCGCCAUGCUGGCGGCAGCUGGGAGCCGCGCCUGCCUGGGCCGGCUCCUGGGCGAAGGGCAGCUGCACGCCCCGCUGCUCCGGCCGGCAGCCCGUGGGAUCGCGGCCACUGCAGCUUCCUUCAGCAGCGCCCACAACCGAAGCCCAGGGGCCAUCAGCUCGGCUGAGAAGAUGUACAAAGUACCUGGUAAUUACAAACCUUCCAACUUUGACAAAAAAAUCCUCAUGUGGACAGGACGCUUCAAGACUGAAGAAGAGAUUCCCUCAAGGAUCCCGCCAGAAAUGCUGGACAUUGCAAGAAACAAAGCUCGAGUAAAAGCCUGUUAUCUAAUGAUUGGCCUCACAAUUAUCGCCUGCUUUGCUGUUAUUGCAUCAGCUAGAAGGGCUGAACACCAUGAGUCCCUAACAAGCUGGAACCUAGCAAAGAAAGCCAAGUGGCGUGAAGAGGCUGCAAUAUCAGCAGAGUUUAAGACUAAAUAAUAUUUAUAUUAAAAACUGUGGAUUUGCUAGUAGGAGCAAACACCACAAAAAAAUGUUACUUGGCAUAAUUAGUGACUAACUAGUUAGCAGACUCCGAUGUUAAACAUCAACACGUUGGAGCCCAACAAUGUUGGGAACAAAGGGAAUAGGGUGUCUUUCUACAUUACACAGAGAUAUUUUCAGUACUUGCAGCAGAUUUGAACUGACCUUGGUCAUCUUUAGAAAGUUCUAAUAAUUCAAGUUUCAAGAAUUUGCCUCAACUUUUUUUUUUUGCCUCAAUUUGAUAAAAAUAUGUAACUGUCCACGAAGACAACACAUACAUCACCUACCCUGUCCUGAAAUCUCUUCCUGCUAGAUUAGAAAAAUGUCCAUAAUCAAUAGACACAAAAUUGUAUUACUGACAAGAACCACCAUUUGAAAACUGUUAUAUAUUAAAGAAAUGAAAGCAUACUAAAAAAAUUGUGCAAGCCACAAAUCAUUUAAAUACUAGGGAAGCCAAUGACUAUGUAGUUGGAAAAAUAGCAUCACUGAAGUAUCUCUGCUGAAUCUGGUUUACUAGACCAGGCUGAACUGACAGUUUACUUACACAGUGUUGUUGCUGUGUCAGUACCAGAUAUUAGAGAGAGGGUGUGAAGGGUAAUGUCUUUUAUUGGACCAACCUCAAUAGCUUGUCUCCCCCACCAACAGAAGUCAAUCCAAUAAAAGAUAUUACCUCACCCACCUUGUCUUGCUAAAGUUUACUUAGUUCUUUUGCAAACUAAAAACACAAUUAGCAGCAUUUUAGUCUCUAUAGACUUUUCCUUUGAAAACUCUUGGGAGCUCCCAUUAAUUUUGCAAAUGAAGAAAGGAUGGAGGAUGGUGUUGGUCAGAGGCAUGUGAUGCUUAGGGAGGAGAUAUUUUCAAGGCUAGUUUUAAAAGUCAUGUCAUGCAAUAUUUUGUUUAAUCCCUCUCCAUAAAGCUGAUUUUUC